ACGGUCUGUUAUUUUCGUACUCUUAUCACGCGCAACAGCACGCUUCAAAAACGGCAUGAAAGAACGCAUGCUUUGUUUGAAUGCGCGAGAAGAAGCUGUACUGGUGUGCGUGUGUUAAUGCAUUGGUAAACGGUUUCCAUAGCACCACUACACACUCACACUCGUCGGGCUGAUUUGUUUAUGUUUCUGUGUUGCUCGCUCCGGUUGGCAUUUGUUGUUUUGGUUUGGUACGGUUCGGAAGAUGUUCUACUGGGCGGUGGUGCUGGGCGUGAUUGCCACCCUGCUGGCCGCGCUGGACUGGAAGUAUAAGUCGUACGAACAUUUGCCCGGUCCUAGACGGUGGCCGUUCAUCGGUAACGUCGUGUCUUUCCUCGGUGCCGGACCCGUAGAAAUAUUUGAUCAACUUAUCGCAUUCGCCUCCACGUACGGGAAGGUGUACAAGCUGGACUUUUUCUACGACUACACCAUCAUUUAUUCGUCGCCGGAAGCAGCCGAGGCCAUUCUAACAUCGCCCGCAUUUACCGCCAAAUCGCAAGACUACGACAAGGUGUCGGAAUGGAUCGGGAACGGGUUGCUGAUAUCGCGCGACCAGAAAUGGUUCACCCACCGGAAGGUCAUCACGCCCGGGUUUCAUUUCAAGAUAUUGGAAAACUUUGUGCCCGUCUUCAACCGGCAGGCGGAAGCGUUCUGUGCCAAGCUGGAAACGCUGACCGGCCGGUCCGCCGACGCGGUGAACGUCUUUCCCGAGCUGAAGCUGCUGACGCUGGGCAUUAUCUGCGAGACGGCCAUGGGCGUUGGGAUGGACGGGGAGGGCCAAAGCACCCAGCAGGCGUACUACACGCAGAUCGUGGAAGAGCUAAGCUCCAUCCUGUACUGGCGGAUGUUCAAUGUGUUCGUUAACAUCGACGCAGUGUUCCGGCUGACCCGCACCAGCCGGCGUUUCGAUGAGCUGGUGAAAAAGUCGUGGCAAUUUACGCUCGGUAUGAUCGAGAGGAGGCGUAAGAUGAAUGAGCUCGAGGCGCCGGUCGAGGAGCGGAACGAGGAGGAAACGUUUGGCAAGCGGAAACGUGCACUGCUGGACACGCUGCUGGAGGCUCGCAUCGAUGGGAGGCCCUUGACGGAUGAGGAAAUUCGCGAAGAGGUGGACACGUUCACGUUUGCGGGACAUGAUACGACUGCCUCGGCCAUGACGUUCAUUCUGUACAACGUAGCAAAGCAUCCCGAGAUCCAGGAAAGGGUGUACCAAGAGAUUGUGAAUGAAAUUGGCGCAGACUUUUGUGAGCUUUCCCUGAGCGCGCUCAACAAUCUCCACUACAUGGAGCUGGUCAUCAAGGAGUCGCUACGGCUGUUCCCACCCGUUCCGGUGAUAGCACGCAUCGCCACGGAAGAUACGGAACUGUUGGCGGAGCGUAUCACACGCGGCACCAGUGUGGCGAUCGAUAUCUAUACCAUGCACCAUAGCGACGACUACUUUCCCGACGCGGAACGAUUCGAUCCGGACCGGUUCGAGGGGGCACGCGACGCGCAGACGUUCAACCCGUACACGUACAUUCCGUUCAGUGCCGGCAGCCGGAACUGCAUCGGCCAAAAGUUUGCCCAGUACGAGCUGAAAAGCACGCUGGUGAAGUUGUUGCAGCGGUUUCAGAUCCGGCUGGCAGAUGCAAGCUACGUGCCGAUACUGAAGGCGGAGAUCGUUCUAAAGCCGGCCGAAGGGUUGCCGUUGCGGUUUAUCAAAAGGCGAGUUUAGAAUGUGUUUGGUUGAUUGUUUUAUUGUUUUUUUGGGUGUAGUGUGUGUUAAAAUUAGUAGAAUGUUCCAUUUGAGGUGGUAUAAGUCUUGUGAGAGACAGGACUUCUAUAACUAGAAUUGUAGUGCAAUGGAGAUCGUUAAAAGGUGAUUUAAAGCUAACAAGAACCAGUGAUUUUCUGUAACUGUACUCAAACUUUGUAGACAAUCAUACGUCUAUUAAGAUUGUCAAUGAAACUAUCACAAUAACCUGCCACCGGUGAAUACGUUAAUAAAAGUUCGUUAAGUAGGGAA